UAGUUUAAAAAUGACAGAAAAAUUUGUAAAAUCUAACUAUGAUUUCUACAUAGAGGAGGAAGACUGGAAGCAGUUUAAACGUGCAUUUAAUCUAAUCGACGAGGAUAAAUCCGGGAAAUUAAACAUGGCGGAGAUGGAUCAGCUGAUCAGGAGAUUUAGUGGAGGGAUUGAUCAGGAACCCUCAGAUGAAGAAGUAAGAGAGAUUAUUCUGUCUUUUGACGGAGAUGGAACAGGCUACGUAACGUUUGAUGAGUUUUUAAGAAUAAUGGCAAAAAGAUCUGAAUUGGAGAAAGUUCGAGAAAAAACUGAAGAAUUCAAAGAUGCAUUUCAGGUUUUUGAUAAAAACGGAGAUGGGUUUAUAUCCUCCGAUGAACUGACUGAG